AUAAUUUAAAUGUCAAUAUAUACAAUGAUAUUAAAUUGGCUUUUCAGCUGAUUUAUAUCACCUGAGAAGAUAUGUAUUGUGCAAUUUUAAGAGCUUAAGAUAUUAUCCCCCACUGAUUGUUUGAUAUAUAUGUAAUUCAAAAAUAUCAUAACAUUUCAGGCAUGUUUUAGAGAUAGCUUUUAUCUAUAUACGUACAUGUAGUAGAGAACAACAGAAAUGGGACAGACUUCGUCUGUACAGAGUCCUCGCAUUGAUGCUGUUCCUGGUACCUCUAGAGGAAGAACAGCUUCAAUACCAGGAACAACCGAGGGUUUUAAGGCAAUAAUAGAAAACAUUCGCCAGCAACAGCAUGGAAGGAAGAAAGUGAUUUCUGUCAACAGAGAUGACGUCAAAAGUGUUAUGUUUCCAUAUUUGAAAUCAACGAACAGUGAGUUCUGUCCUCUUGAUAUAACAUUUGAAUGUGAUGGUGUUUCGGAAAAAGCAGUAGACCUUGGUGGACCUAGCAGAGAAUUAUUUACACUUUUAUUUCAAGAAUUUUUGCAAUCAAACUUGGGACUUUUUGAAGGAAAAGGGGGAUUUGUGUUACCUGUGAACAAUAGAAAGGCAAUCGAUGCUCACGUCUUUCGUGCGUUUGGCAAAGCUGUUGUGUUAUCGCUCAGUACAGAUCCUCAUGGACCUGGAUUUCCGUAUUUUCCCUCAUUUAUUGUGAGCUACCUCAUUGGAAGAGAGUAUAUACAUGAACUGAGUUCAUUGUUCCUCGUCAACGAAUUUCUUAAACAGUUUAUAACAGAUAUUACAAAUGCAACCACCCAGAAUGACUUGGAUGAGGUUAUGGGUAAUGACGACGAAAGAUUUACAGAUAACUGUGGAUGGCCAGGAAAUGAGAGGGUUACAAUGUCAAACAGAUGGUCAUUUGUGCAGACUUUACUACAAUGGGAUUUGGUUGAUAAACGAAGAACUGCUCUUGAAGAUAUGAAAAAAGGAUUAAAUACUUUCAACUUCCUUGAUGAUACUAAGUCUCUCCCCGAAUUUGAACGCAUAUUUCUUUUGAGAAAUAAGCAAGAAACAACAGCGAAUUUCAUACAGAAGAAACUUAUUCCAGAAGUAAAAAAAUUACAAACAGAAAACCAAGAAGAAGAAAAGGCUCAGCAGCAAACAGUUAAAUGUCUACAAAUAUUAGAAGACGAGGAGGCUGCAUAUCUGUUUCAGUUUAUUACCGGACUUGACGAUGUACCGCCAUACAACUUUUCCAUCCAAGUGGCGUUUAAUCGCAAGAAUAAAAAAGCGACAUUACCGGAAGCAAUAACUUGUAUUCAGAGACUUCUCAUUCCUCUGGGUAACAAAUCGAGAUUAGACUUUUAUAAAUCAUUUGACAUUGCAAUUAAAAUGGGCAGACUUGGAUUUUCAGAUGAUUCAUAGCAUAUUCGGACUAGUGAAUACUUUUUCAAGAGAUUAUCUAUGACACAGAUACAUUUGUUUUAAUAUGAUUUAAAACGUGAAUGAAUUAUUAUGACUUGUGAUUACUUGAAAAAUAAUAUUCGAUUUUAAAUCGAUCUACUUAUUAUAAUUUAUAUCAAAUUGCUUAGAAUAUUUAAAUCAUUACAAUUAAGUCAUGAAUUUACAUGCAUUUAAAUUGAAUUUUAUUGAAGCUACAUUUGAGAAUAUUAAUAUGAAUAUUAACGGUAAAAAGCUUCCUAUUUCAUGAUAUUCAUGUCAGCAAAUUUGUCUGUGUACCAAUGUCAUAAUAUAUAUAUGCUAAUGUAGUUUUCAAACUGCGCUUUGAAUUCAUUAUGUGAUUAUAUUUUUAUUUUAUUUUUUUAUAUUUAUGUUUGUGUAUGCAAUUUAACAUUAAAACAAUGUAUAGCGUAGGUAAAAAUAUUGCAAUACAACUCCAUAUUGGACGACUGCGCUGCCUUAUGUUUGUAUAUACUUAUAUGGGACAUACUUAUUCAGUUUCCAUACUCAUUUCACUUUCGAAAAAGUAGAAUUACAAAACAUUUUAAUGCUUAGACCAUAUACAAUAUUGGAAUAGAUAUAAUGAAAAUUUCUGAAAUAAAAAUAAA